AUGAAGAUCACUUCUUUGGUGCUCGGGGCCCUUGUCCUUGCGAUGGCCACAUGUACGCUGGCAGCGGAUCCCAAGAAGCACCCCGCCUGGCAGGUACCAUACGAGAACGAGCCUCUGCCUCUCCACGAGGUCCCGGAAUGCAUGCAGCGCUGCAUUGAAGAGAAGAAUUGGAAGAUGGGCUUCGACAUUUACACGGUUCCCCGAGUCAAGUUCUGCCGGGACGACUUCGACACGUUCUUCACCUGGAUGACAUACCACGUGGGCUUCUGCUCCAGGCCGGCCUGUGAGGGUGCCGAUAAGGAUAUCAACGCCGUUAGAAACGCGGGGUGGAUGUACAAGCUGUGCGGGUUCCCGAAGCAGUCGUCGGUCUCGGGCUUGAAUGAUUGGAAGACUCUUGCUCCGGAUGAAUACGACGAGAAUCUGGUGUAG